AUGGAGAACUUGUUGGAUUGUCUAAAUAUUCUGUUGAGAUUUCAGAAUGAACAAAGUAAGCAAGAUUUAAAAUUUUUACAAUAAUUUUAAGAAGACCAGCUUUAUACAGUUGAUGGACUUGUAAAGAAGGCAUUAGGUAAUGCACUUGCAAGCUUGCACGAUGAGGACGCCUUGCAUGAAUACAAUUCCCAGUGUUCGGAUUCUGUAUUUGAUAACUUUGAAAUUAUGUUAUCAAUACUACUGAAACAUGUAAGUAGAUAUUUUACUACAAUAUUUAUUUCAGUAUGCUUCACAUUUAUUACAUUUGACGUCAGAAGAGGUAAUCCCAGUUCAACAGCAAGCGAUUGUUAAGGAGGCCUUAUUUUUUUUCUCCUUUUCAUGUUUGAAUACAAUAUUGAGCCAAGGUUAGUUUUUCCAUUGGUUUCUAUUAUUUUAGGUAUGUUCAAAUUAAAACUCCCAUGGGUUUUCAAUCUUUGGCAAUCAAAUCAUGAACGUGAUGUGAAGAUCAAAAAGGUAAUUGUUUCUUAUUAUGAAGUAUUUUUAGUUGUUGCUAUAUCUGGAAACUGUUGCCUUUAUGGCAAAAACAAACGUUUUAGCGGUGGAGAUGUCGACUUAUUUGAUGCCUCAAUUAUUAUUGGCUGUGGAAACGGCAGGUCUCACAUUUCUUUGGUUAAUUUUUAUUCAUUUAGUUGAAGGAGACACACCCGAAAGCCGAGUUCUUCAAAUCAGGUUCAGAUUUCCUGGAGAAAUACUUUCCGAAAAACAAAGUUAUGGAGACAAUGAUCUGUCUUUUGAGAGAACGGGAAAGAAAUUCAGAGUUCGAGUGGUUUUUUGUACGUGAAAUAUUUUAACAUUACGCGCGCACACAAGGUGCGGCAAUUUUUUGUCCGAAUCCUCAGAAUCUUGCGUUUUGUUUGAUACCAAACAUGUUAUACCUGUUUAUUAUACUACCGAAAAAUCAACAACAAACAGAAAACUCUAGUUGCCAUAAUUGACAAGGGACCCCAAGUCCGACGCCCAGAUUUUCUUUAAUUUGAAUUCCGGAAAGUUUUGCCUUUCCGGCUAGGCAUGGCUCCGGGCCGGGCUUUGCAAAAUUUUCCGGCCCGGGCCGGGCCGACUAAUUUCUCGGCCCGACUCCGGGCUUCGAUUUUCAGGCCCGGGCCGGCCCGGUUUUUUUGAAAUUUGAGUUUUGCCCGGAAAAAAGGAAAAAAUAAGCUUUUACGAUAGGAUUUUUCAUUUUUUCGAACACAAUGCUGAUAGCGAACGUACAGUGACCUUAUGUACCUAGGUUUUGCUAAAUUUUUCUUUACAUCUUGCGAAAAUUUGCCAUAAUUUUCUUUUCAUUUCCCGGUUUCUUUCUUUCCAACCUAGUAUAAAAUUUUCCGGGCCGAACCGGGCCGGGCUUUCCAAAUUUUCCAAGCCCGGGCCCGGGCCGGGCUUGGAGAUUUAAGCCCGGGCCUGCGGCCCGGGCCGGGCCGGGCUGGCCCGGUUUGCAGCCAUGCUUAUUUCCGGCCGAGAUAUUCUUUUUGUGGCCGAGAAAGUACGAGAAUGGUCACAUAGAAAAAACACUUUGUGGCUAUAUCCUGGCCAGUUAUAUGCGGAAAAGGAUGAUUUUCUGUGGAAACGUUAUAACGCGUUACGGCAAAAACAGGUAUGAAAAUUUUCAUGCCAAAAUUCGCAAAAAGCUGUCAUUUUUUCCUAUUUUCACAUACGCCAAACAAAAACGAUCAAACCCGUGUGUGUAUGGCCUAUCCAAAUCCGGCCGAAAAAUUGCCGCAACCUGUAUUUUAGGUAAGGUUGGAACAGAGGUUAAAUGGAUAUAUAGUGGAAAAGAACGGGCUCCGAACUUUGUUGAAUUGUGUUGACAAUUUCGGUGAGAUUUGAUCAAAUUAUUGAGGUUAGUUUUUUAGGCGGUGAGAAGUUCUGGCAACAGCAAUCACCUUGUGAUGCCUUGGCCGCCCUUAUUUUAAAGGUCACAUCCAGACAAUCUAGAUCUGUCAUGGCUGAGUUACGGCUUCUUGUUCUGGUAAGAUUUGGACGCUUUGGUUGGGAUGAUAUUUUGUUAUUAUUUAGAGUCAAAAUGAGCCAGAACAUUAUGGAUUUCUGUUAUCUUCGAUUAUUGAAAAAUCGAAAAAAUCCAGAAAUUAUCAAAAAGCGGUCUCCGCGCAGAUACUGGACCGAAUAUUCUUUCCUGCCGAUGUUUUGUGGGUGAGGGAGUUUGGGGACGAGGAAUGGGUUCAACAUUUUGUUAACUCCCUGUUUCUGGCCCAGUCCUGGCUCGCACCGACAAGGGCGGGUUACUGUAGCGAGUAUAAUCAUCGGAUAAAAAAGGUAAGUUUUGGACGCUUUAUGAUUAUUUUAUUAGCUUUUGGCAAUUCUUAUCUAUAUAAAUGGUUGUCGUGAUGAGAAAAAUAUAGUCUCGUUGAUAUUACACUUGUUGGAUGGUUCCGAAAAGAAUGAGGAAAAGGUAAAAUAGGAUCGUUGUUUACUCAAAUAUUCAGGCGCGACUUCUUCUGGAGACUUUUUCUUUGCUCCAUCGAGCAAGAAAUCUUCCUGACGUGUCGAAUGAAGAAGAUGUCGACCAUUUCGGAAUUAUUUCUCUUAAUUCGAAGCCGGGUCCAGAGAUUAUUAACGAAAUUUUCUUUAAUUCUCUUGCCAAAUUGAUGGGAAAACUUGAAAAGUCUCGAGGAAUUAUGGCGAAUUUGUUGGUGAAAACUAUGGUUUUAUGGAACGAGGGAUUUGAUGAAGAAAGCUUUGUCCGAGACUUACAAGAAGUGGAUAUAAAUGGUGAAGAGAGUUAUACAUGGUCAGUGUUACAUCUGAUGGGCCUUCUCGGUGAAUGGUUAAUGGACAAAGACGACUCUUUUGAAGAUGAAGACGUUAUCCUUGCCUUACUCGGGGUAGUAAAGGUACCGUUAUUUUAGUUGCUGUACAACAAUUUUUAGGAAAAUUUUAGAAGAGUUGACCAACAGAUCAUAGAAUUCAGCCUGAAGCAAAAAGGCUUGGAUAUUAGGUUGCUCUUUAAUGCGCCAGAUUUGCUAAGAACAACACAUCUCAGCCUCGGUCUUCUUGGUGGGUUAUAUGGACAAGGCGAAUCGGAAAAGGUGAUUGAUUUGUUGGGGAAAACAAUAUAAUUACAGGUCCAUGGAUUGUAUGAGGAGUGUGGAGACAUCCUCUUGAAAUUGCAUAACACUUUGUCUGUAAAUGAAAGUAUAAUUGACGAGGACUACAGAAAUUUAAAACUCAACAUUUCAAACUUUUUGAAAUUGCUUGGGAAGGAUUUAAUUAAAACUUCGUCCGACAAGCUUACUGCAUCGGAUUCGGAUUAUGAUAGAUUAAUGCAAAUUAUGCAGAAUGGAUUUGAGGAUGAAGAAGAUGGGAGUGUGGAGAUCGCGGAGAGAGGUGGUGCUGUCAUCAAGAUGACUGGUCUGAUCAGAAGACGGGACUCUUGUCUAGUUGACGAUUGUCCCAGACUCUUUAAUGUUUUAUUUUGUGAGGCUUUCACAAUUUUAAAGCAAUGGUGUGCAUUUUCUUAAACUCCAUGUUUCCAGAUAAUAUUCACCACCCGGACUCUUAUGUGUAUCUGUCAGCAAUCAACUCCCUUUCGCAUCUGGUUCUUUGGAAACAUUCAGAAUUUCUGGGUAAAAUGAUAUUCUUAUUUCUGAAUUGGGAAUGCUCUUGUGAAGACAAUGACAGCAAGAGUGAGUGCGCUUUGUAAAAUGCAAUGUUUAUUUAUAAUAGAUUGCGACAUUUGUAAUCGAAAUCAGAUCCAAUUGGGCGAAGCGAUUUCAAGGAUUUUAUUGGAGUUGGGGGAGAUUUCUGUAGUCUAUUAUGGUCAGCUGAAUACGGUGUUUACAGCCAUGUUAAAUCAUCAUAGUGACAUUGUGGUCUCUUCAUCGCUGAGUGCGUUUUCCAAUCUUAUUCAAGUCUCCAAAGGAAAAUUUUUGUGGAAGAAUUUCUUUGAGGUAAUAUUGGUUUGUUUGACCCACUGGUUUGUAGUUACUUUAUAUAUGUAACGAAUUACUGUUAUCAAAAAGAGACAAACUGCUUCGACGAGCCAGUGUUUUUCUGCUCAGGACGAUGCUCAGUGCGCAAGAAACCUCUUCUUUACUUCGGGUAACGUAUUCUUUUUAAUUUUGAUUUGUUAUAGAGUAACAAAGAGGCAAAUACAAAGCUGAUUCAAGUUUUGAAACAAACUAGAGCAACAGAUUCGGAUGAUGUCGUCCGAUUUCACGCAGACUUGGCUUUAUCUGAUGUCAAGGAAGUUUUAAAACAGCAAAUGCUCACAGAUUCCAUUGAAAAAAACACUCGGGUACUUUAUUUGUGA